AUGGAAGAAACUUCUAAUCCCGGAACAAGAAUGGAAGAAGAAACUUACAUUCCCGAAAUCCUAAAUGGAGAAGAAGAACAAAAUACUGUACAAAACAUAAGAUUAAAAGACGUAAUAACUGUGGACCAAGAAUAUAAUCAAUUAUGUCAGACAUUUCAAGAUAAUAUUAGUGUUUUAAAAGACUUGAUUUCAAUAAUUGGUCCCGGCGACCCUCUCGAAGAAUACUUUAAAGCUACACAAAACCUGUCGUCUUGGAUGAUAACAACUUUUGAAAACUUCCCCGCGUUUCCAUCGAAAACAACCCCUCAAAUCGACAUCGACUCUAUAAACUCCGCUGACGUUUCACUGAGCGGAAUAGAAAAUAAAAUAACAAGUAAACUGUCGGAAUAUAAUCAAUUAAGCGACCUCCUAACUAAAACGAACUCUAUCGUCGAUGCUUCUUCUAAUGAAGAGCUUAAACAAUCCCUUGUAAAAAUUUCUUCUUCUAUAGAAACCUCUUGGAAUACUUUUAAUAAUUUGGUAAAUUUAGGUAAACUUAGAUUACAAGAGUUAAAUUGGGUGGUUGAAUUAAGAUCAAAAGUGGCUGAUGUGGAUGUUGAAGUUAAAAAAGUUGAGGCUAUGUUGGAUGGUGUUGAGGAAUCAAGAAAAAAGACCCACGAUGAUGGUAGUGUUACCCCUAGUCCAAACAAUACUGGUAUUAUAAGUACUAGUUCGUCCAGUGAUAUCACUGUAACUGGUAUUGUUUUCUCUUCUUCUGUUUUGGAUGAAUGGUACACCAAGGUUGUCGCUGUGGAAGAGUUGGUUUUCGGUGUUGCUGCUAAAGUUAAAGAGAUUAAUCAACUUCUUCUGCAUGAUCGUUUCAGAGCCUCUGAUGAUUUGACUAUUCAUAUUCAAAAUGUUAUUACUUCUAAUAUUUAUGACCUUAAAAAUAAGAUUUACUCUACAAAACAAAAACUUGGUCAAGAUCGUCGUAUAGGAAGAUGGUUUGAUGAUGCUAAUGAAGUUGAUAAAUCUAUUUCUGACCUUAAAAAUGAGGUUAAAGAAUUAGAAGUUCCUGAUUUCGUUCAUAAACAUGAAUGGUCUGAAGAUGAGUUCAAUCUUCAAUCUUUUGUAAGUGAACGAAGGAAAACCUUCGAAUCUAUCUUAAAUGAAUCUAGUCAAUGUAAAUCCAAAAUCGAUGACCUUGAUAAGAAAGCUACAGAUAUAAACACUGCUAUUAAAGAUUCUAUAGAUCGCGAAGAUCAAGCUACGGUCGAAUUAAUGACAAAACAACUUAAAAAUCUCAAUGGAAGACUUGUAAAAUUAUCUGAUUUCAUUACUCUCCUUUUAGAACAAACGACUACUGAUCGUUUUUCUGUCGUUAUAAAUCUUCUAACUUCAAUGCAAAGCAUGCGUAAUCAAAUGGCACAAAUAAGAAAAACUAUUAUUGAAUAUAACGAUGCUGGUUUGGUUCAUGGUGAUGUCAAGGAUCUGGAAUCUCAAAUAACAGAUUUUGAAUCUAAUUUAUUAACUGAUGAUUCUGCUAUUUCAAAAGCUCUAAGGCAUAAGCAUGCUAAACUUCUUCUUACUAUUCAAAACAUCCGUAUUGCUUUGGCUGAAAAUAGACUUCAAAUGGCUGCUUAUUUAAGUCCUUCAAGUCCUGCCUCUCCUAAUUCUGCUAGUUCUGAAUUUGAUCGUCUAAGUGUUAAAAUACAAGAUCAAUUAGAAGCUUUUCAUGUUCAACUUGUAUCUCCUCCUACUUAUAUGAUUGAGACCACAAGUUCUGAAAAUGACGAAUCGCAACGUGAACCUCAACGUGUUCAUGGUUUAACUUGUACUGAUGAUCAUGUUGAUGAACUUACUGAACGUUAUGGUAAAAUUGAAUUAGAUUUAACUUCUUUUGAAAGAAGUUCAUGGGUUGAAUUUUGGUUAAAAAGUGAACCUGCCAAAAAAACUCGAGGGAAUGAAGUUAUUGAUCGUAUAAAUGAGUUGGAAGCUAAAUUUGUUUUAAUAAAAGAUUUAAUUGAAGAACGAAAACGUGAUCUCUUAAACAUCAAAGAAGGGAGAGAAUUUGCAAGAAAUGCCCAUGAUAUUCGUGAUAAACUUGAUGAAGUUAAAGGGAAAAUGAGAAAGGGUGAUACAACAACUGAUGCCUCAAUUCAAGAGUUGGAUGCUCUUAUGGUUGAUACCAAUCAAAUGCUUAAUGAUCUUGAGUCCUCUUAUGCUCAUUUAAUAUCACCUGAAGCACAAGAUACCAGUUACUGUGAGGCAUUUAAAAAUCAUAAAGAGCAAUAUGUUAGUGUUAUAGCUUGGAUUGAAGAAGUCCGUGUUUGGUUUAGGGAAGCUGAACGCAUACGUUUAUGGAUUGAUGAACGUAUCAAUACUCUGGAAAAUGUUCCUCAAGUUGAUGUUUUCCAAGAAGGCGAAGCUCCUGCAACUCAACAACAAGUUGAUGAAUGGCAAAAAGACUAUGAAGACCUAGAAAGAGAAGUUGAAAAAUUUGAUUCUGAAGACAUGACUCGUUUAAGAGCUCACGUGAAAACUAUAAUGGAAAAUGAAGUGGCUCCUUCGGACUCAAUGUCUCCUGCUGAUACGAUGACUAUUUCCAUCACUUUGCAAACAUUAACUAUUCUCGAUCAAUUAUUAGAAAUGUUAAAACGUCGUGAAAAUGAAUUAAUAGUAUUGACUUUACGUGUAAAAUGGGAACGUGAACAUGGUAAAGCACUAAGCAUUAGGGAUAGAAUAACAAGUGAAAUUAAAGAAUUUAUCUUAAAUCGAGGCAGAUGGAAACCACCGAUUUCGCCUAGAGAAGACGGCUGGUUUAUUGAUGCAUCUCAGCCUAAACAAAGUGAUCUUAUAUUAGAAUCUCAAACACACGAUAAUAAUAUCAAUGACUUUGAAAACAAUAUAAUUCCUCCGACGGGUGAAAUUUUUGAUGAAUUGGUUGAUUCAUCAACUGUACCAGUCCCAGAACAUUUACUUGUGAGGCAAGAAACUCUUGAAGAAGAAGAUCUUAAAGAAUUAAAAGAUUAUUUUGAAUUUGCCCAAAACAUUCUAACACAACGAAAACAAGUUCUAGAUUAUGCGGAAACCGCAGAAAACACCCAUAUGAGAGGAAUCCGUUUAAGGGAUGAAUUGAUCGAAGAAGAAAAUCAUCCACGUGGUGGGUCAGUGGAAAAGGAUUAUAUUGCACGCGUUAAUGAACUCAACAAUAGAGUUGAAACUUCUUGGAACUCAAUGGCUCAGAACAUUCUCUAUCCAGAACAUGAAAGUCAUGACCCGUCCGAAAAUGAUAUUGUUAGUGAAGGUGUCACCUCUUACCAUAAGAAUUUGCAAGGUUUGCUACAAGAAACAAAUGAAGCAUUAAAAAAUUAUCAACGUGCUUUAAGGUUUGUUAAAAUGGCCGAAGAGUAUAAAAAAGAAGCUGCUAGAUUGGAAGAAUGGAUUAUCAAAAAGGAUGAUUUUGUCAACAAUCGUAAAUUUGACGUGUUUCAAGAACCUUGUAGAUUCACUGCCAAAGAUGUAGAAGAUUAUGUUUCUGGAAAUGCUCAAAUCAUCAUGGAUGUUCAUAAUUUUGAUAAUGAUGAACUUAAAGUUCUUCAUGCAAGAGUUGCUGAUUUAGUUUCUGAAAUAAAAUCUGUUGGAACAAAAUGUGUAAAUACCGAAGAACUAGAUAAUAUGAUGUCCAACCUAGAUACAAAACUUAAUGUACUUCAGAAUGAUAUUCAAAUUUUACGCCAACGUGAACCUGACGAGGUAGAUGCUGCACAAAAACGACUCAUCUGGGAAGAUUCAUAUAAAGAAUUUCGCAAAUUUGUUGAUGCUUCUCUAAAGGAAUCAAAAGAUUUUAUUGCAUCCAAAGCUUCAUGGAAACUUAACACUCCUGAAGAUAAAUCUUCACACGAAGAUCUCGACCAAGAAUACUCCACAUUCAAAGAAAAAGUUGAAACUCAUUUACAAACAUUUGAAACUGAUCAUAAGCAUAAGUAUGAUGCAUUUAUUGAGGCGAGUGAAAAACUAACUGAUAAGGACCGCAGGAAUAACAUUGAAAAACGUCAAUCUAAUCUUGAAAAUGAUGCAAAUAAACUUAAUGAACAUGUGUAUUUUACUCGUGAUCUCCUGGAUCAACGUGCCGCUGCUGUCGAAUAUAAUUUUGAAGCGACAGUUUUGGAUAAAGUCGCAACUGAAAUUAAAAGUAAUUUGAUUGAAGCGGAGAAAAAUGUUUCAAAAGGUCCUAGUGAAAUUGACUUUGAAACAAAUAUCAAAAACUUUAACCAAAACGUUAAAAAAUUAUGGGAAGAGCAUGGGUCAAAAAUUCCAUAUCCUACAAGUCCUAUAAUGAACGAAGUAAAAGUUACUAAAAAUUCAGUUAUUAAGGAUGCUUCUCAGAAACGACUUUCUUCUUUAGAGUCUAUGAGCGAAGAACUAGACAAGUUAUAUGCGACUUAUCAAUCUUCCCUGGCACUCCAAGCACGUGCCAAUGAAUGCUUGAAUGAUUCUUCACGUUUGCAAGAUUGGAUAGCUGAACGAUUAAAAGACCUUAAUGACCGUAAAGUUGAUCCACUAGCUCAAGAUUGUUUGUUUAAUGAAUCUCAAGUUCAAAAGAUGAAUGAAGAACACGAAAAGUUCAAACAAGAAAAUGCUCGAGUUGACAUCGAAGAAGUUAGCCAAGUUCGUCGUAAUCUCGAAACAUUACUUGAGGAUAUUAAAAAAGCAAAUUGCAAAAGUGUUGACCAAAAACCACUACGCGAAGCAUUGGGUAAACUUAACAAAAACUUCAGUGAUCUGCAAAACCAAUCAUCUUCGCAUCAAUUGGAUCUUAAUGUAUUGCAGGAACGUGCCAAAUGGGAAGAUUUAUAUGGACCUAACUCUGUAUUACUUGAUGACUUAAAAAAUCAGGUUAAUGACUUUAUCACCAACAAAGCAAGAUGGUCACCUGAAACUGCUGUACCAGAAUCUGACUUACAGCAAGAAUUUACGGACAUUAAACAAAAGGUUUCAGAAUUCGAAGAGAAACCAUUGGCAUUAACUAAAUCUGCAUAUAAUGACAUGAAAUUAGCAAUAAAGUCAUAUCUAUCAAAACAACCGCCACCACAUAUUGCAAAUCGUCAACUCGAUUUCGUCCAAAAUUAUGAUGACCUUGUUGGGCGUAUUGAUUUGGCUAAACAAGUAUUGGACCAACGGGAUGCUAUUAACGCUUAUCUCAAUCAAUCUAAUGUUGUUGAGAAAGAAGGCCUCUCAUUAAAAGCUUUGUUAAAGUCUACCGAAGAAAAUUGUGAUGCUGAUCCAGGUUUUGCCGAAAAAAUUGCUACUUUUAAUGAAUAUUUAAAUAAUUUGAAAAAAGACUUUGCUGCAAAAAUACUUUACCCAAAAGACAAACAAUCCGAUAACGAUGUUAAUGCACCAAUCAAACAGGUGGUAGAUGAGCGUAUGGAAGAACUUGAAAAGUUAUCCAAAGAAAUAGACAACCAAUUCAAAUCAUAUCAAAAAACUAUGAAAUUUUCUGGAGAACUCGAUGAUGCAAUUGCAAAUGCUAAAAAAAUCGAAGAUGAGUUUGAUCAAUUCAUAUUUGAAAAAGCAUCAUGGCAAACACAAGAAGAUCCAAACAUCAAAGCAGAUGUUGACGCAAUUGUCAAAACUUUAUUGGCUGAAUUAGAAGAAAUCAAUAAUACAAUUGCAGAAUUUGAAAAUAAAACGCUUAAGCCUAUCAACACUAAAUUUGAUGAAUAUCAGAAUGUCAUGAAUGCAGACGAAAAAAGUGUUCCAGAACAUGUUGAGAAACGUUAUAAAGAACUAAAUAAAUUACUAAAUGACCUGAAAUCGCUUGAUGAUUAUGCUCAGGAAGUUAUUGAGCAACGUAAAGAUGUCACAGAAUACAUGAAUAAUAGUUCUAUGUUGGAAAAGGAGGCUCGAGAAAUUCAAAAGAUACUUUUAACUAAUGAACCAAGUUCACCCGGAGGAGAAGGAAAUACAGUUUCUAACGCUGUCAACGAUUUUGCGGAAAGAGUUCAAAAAUUAUGUGAUGAUGACACUUCAAAAAUUAAUUAUCCAAAAUGUACGAUACAAAAUGACAAGGACCGAAUGGGUAGAGCUGGAGAUUGCAAUUCUGUUAUCCGUGAAGCAGUGACUGCUCAAAAUGCAUCUUUAAAAUCAUUGGCACUUAGUUUGAAUGAUCUUCUUAACACACAUCAAAAUGUUUUACGCCGUAAGAAGAUGAUUGAGUCAUACAUGAACCGGACCAAAGAAAUCGAAGAUUGGAUACAACCUAAAUCAGAUAUUUUGAACAAUAUUCUUAAUGACGAUGCCUUAGGAGAAUCAACAGAAGAUCGAUUGCGUGAACUUAUAGGCGAAGUCGACGGUGUCGAAGCUGCACGUCAGGCAUAUAACAGCGCGUUUGAUUUCGCUAAAAACUUGGCAGAUAAGCUGAUUGAAGAGAUGACAUAUGAAAUUCAACGUGGUGAUGAAGAUGUCGAAGACGUCAAAGCAGAUCUUGAACUUGUACGCUCUAGAGCACAAGAAAUUGAUGCAUUAUGGGCCGAAUUGCAAGACAAUGUCCCCAAGUGUAAGCAAAGAUUAGAACAAGCGCUUCAAGUUGUAGAGUUUAAAGAAAAGGCCAAAGAAAUUCUUUCAAGAGUUAAUGAAUUAUCUGAUGCUAUAACAAAUAGCCUAGUCGAAUCUGUUUCUAACAAUGAAAUGAAAGAUUGGCAGAUUAAAUUAAACUCUUUAGAACAAGCAGAGUUUUUCGAUUUAAUAAAGCUUCAUGAUUUAGUCCAAGAAAACUUAAAAGAUAAUUUUGGUAUUCUGAGCGAUAAAGAAUCCAAAAAGAUUGAAGAAAGUUUAGAAAAUGUUACAAAUGCUAUUAACUUGUUAAAACAAUUAAUGGCUAAUAAGAUUGAAGAAAUUGAAGUUUAUAAAUCAGCACAGAUAUCUGGAGCUUACAUGAAUCGCGCUAAUGAUCUACAAAAAUGGAUUGAUGACUCUAUAUUAGCAUUUGAGAACGCUAAACCUACUUACGGUAUUAUGGGAGGAGAUGAUAACGAAUUAAACACUAAGAAUUUCCAUGAUUUAGUUGCAGUUUUUGAAAACUUCCAAAACCAAUUUCCUUAUCGUAAUGAGCAGAUUGAAAGUAUUCGAGCAGAAUAUGAAAACAUCACUUCACAGGAGGGCAUUCGAGAAUUACAAGAUAUAAUAAAUUGUCAAAUAUGCCUAAACACAUCAUGGGACAAUCUUUCUGCAUCAGUAGAAGAUUUCAAUAACUUUACCGCAAAAGUUGCCCAGUGGCAUGAUCGUCAUGGUGUCAUAUAUCAUGUUGAGACUGGUAUAUUAGAAGGGCUAGAAUCUCGUAUAAACGCUUUACCUAGUAUAGAUUUUUCAAAUUUAGAGGCUGAAGGUAAAGAAUUGGAGGAAAAUAUUAAAAAAGCUGCGCUAAUACUUGAAGAUGCUAAAGUUGCAGCUGGUCAUAUUCCUUUUGUAUCGGACGAUAAGCUCGAUGAAACAAACCGACAAAACUUUGAUAUUCAUCACGAGAAAGCAAGUAAAAAACUAUUGGAAUUAUCAGAUGCAUUCAAAACUGCUCUUACUGCAGCUCAUAAUGCCUCACUAUUGGCAGCGUUUCAUGCCGAUGCUGAUAGAAUUAUUAAAGACUGUUAUGAGGGAACUGCAAUUGUUAAAUCAAGGCAUGAAGACCUUGAUCGUAGCGGUUACUAUGCUCUAGAGGUUGAACCGCUUGCAAAUGUGCUUAGAAAUGCGAUUGAUGGACAUACAGAAAGUGAAGACAAAUUGGGCACGUAUGACCAAAAGGUUAAGGAUGAUUUGAAACAAGAAGCUGAUAAACUUAUUAACCAAAACCCUGAAGCCAAUAAGGAUCGUAUAUUGAACAUUUUCAGCAAGGUGACAGGAGCCUUGGAACAAUUUUCUUACGCAGUCGCACUAGAACGUCGUGAACUCGAACUUGUACGUAGAGUUUAUGCACAUACCAAAUCUGCCCAUGACAUAAAAAAUUGGAUGUCAUCUUGUAAACUAGCAAUGCUAAAUAUUCAAGUUGGUAUAAUUGAUCAAGAAGCAGAAAUCAUAGAUUUAGAGGAAAAAGUUGCUAAUUUCCAGAUCACUGUCGAUCAGUUUAAAGACAUGAGUCACAGAGUUCUAAUACCUGAAGCCGAUAGUAGAAAAAUUGAUGAGCCUCAACCUGAGGAAUCAAAUCCUAAGAUUAAAGAAUCUGUUCAAACAAGAACAAAUAGGAUUUUAGAGGAAUGGUAUGGUCUCAAUGAUCAACUUGCAAAAUUAAGAUCCAGCCUAAAUGCAUCAAAGGAAAGCCAGGAAGUCUCACGUUGUAUUAAAGAGAUAUUAAUGGCUAUUGGUCAAGCCAAAGAGCGAGUAUUAAAUGUUGAAUCUUUCAUCACCGGCGAAGGAGUUCCAAGGUUGCCGACAAAAGACGAUGUUAUUGACGGUGAAAGAGAGCUUGGGGAAAUUCAAGGAGAGGUGGAUCAUAUAUUAACACCUAGAAUUGAAGCAUUGGAUGAUAUGAUAAACAAUUUAACGGAAAAUGACAAAGGAUAUGUUCAACAACGAGCAGGAAUUGCAGAAGCAUUGACUAAUCUUCAAAGCCUGAUUGAUAAUAAGAGAGCUCAACUUCGAGAAGCUGAAAAGUUGGCGAAAUUUGGAACAAAAGCAGAUGAAAUGAAUGCAUUAAUGAGUUCAUUACUUGAAGUAGUGGACGUUGCCACUACAACAAGGGAUGAAACACCACUCCCACUAUUAGGCGUCGUCGAAUUGCAGUCCCGAUUAACUGAACUGGAAACUAAAUAUAAUUAUUACUACCCUAUCAUCGUUCAGAAGUUGGAAGACGCGCAGCGAGCAGCGAAUCAACUGAAAGAUGAUUGGAGAGUUGUUGAUCGUCUGGGCAUUCUAACAGAACAAUGGCAUGAAUUAAAUGAAGUUGCUUUAGCCAAAAAAGAUGAAUUAAGUCGUCUACUUUCAGGCCAGAAACCAUUAAGACCACGACGAGUUGUGUCUCCUGAAAUCUCUUCAUCACGAAGUCGUCACAGGUAUAAAUCGUCAGCAACAUCACGAGCCACAUCAAAAACUCCAACACGGCUUUCUCCAAGUCCAACGCCAGGCACACCAGGAUCGCCAAGACGUCCACCAAUCCGUCUUUUACCACAUUCAGUGAAUAAUUACAUUCCAGAUCCUAAGGAUCAACUUGACGUGGAAGUCGCACGAAUAGUAAAUGCUUGCCCCGUAAAGAUUAAAGUAUCGAUGGUCGAAGGAGAGCCCGGAAAAUACAUGUUUGGAGAAGUUGAACCUAAAUUAUGUUAUUGCCGUAUUUUAAGAAGUCGUAUGGUAAUGGUUCGAGUUGGAGGAGAACACGCUAACUUGGAACAAAAGUACAUCCCCAAAGCCCGAUCUUUUGUCGGAUCUCACGAAACAGAGCCAGGAACCAUCGUCGGUCAGUCCUCUAGUAGUCCCAGUUUUCAUGAGGCGUACAUCCGCUUCGACCCGAAAGGAUCAGAACUCCGUAUCGAAGGGCCAGAAGGGGGCGGCCCCUUGGCGUUGAAACGAAUGUCAUAUGCUAGAAAAGUGAGUAGUCGAGAUACUUAUGAUAGAUCACGUUUGAUAAAACCAAGUAGCUUGGCAAGAUCACCAACCGAGUAA